UGCAAUACACUUUGUUUGGACCAACCACCUCAGUGAACGAAGACACCCAAGCAGGAAGCAUGAAGGUCCGCUCGUCCGUGAAGAAGAUGUGCGAUGCGUGCAAGACGGUCCGCCGCCGCGGCAAGGUCUACGUCAUCUGCGACAAGCACCCCAAGCACAAGCAGCGCCAAGGCUUCCACACCAUGACCUCGGCGGUCGCCGAGACCACGGCUGCGCCGGCCGGUCUCUCGGCCAACGCCGGCUUCCGGGCGUUCUUCUUCCAGACGCAGUUCCCUGGCCUCGCGCCUUUCAAGUCGUUCCGUGAUGCGGUGGCCAAGCCGUUGAUCAAGUAAGCGCAGUAGAUAGAGACUAACGAAGAGUGAUUUAUGGUUCACCCUCACGACAAUUGCAACCCGACGGUGCAGGUGACAACGAUC